AUGGACGGACCACCGAGAUAUUAUCAGCCGCUAAGUGGAGAAGAUGAAGAGAGUCUGCGGGCGCAACUGGAUGAGAAGGACGGGACAGAAUGGAACGCGAGCGACUCCGAGAUCAUACCCACGAAUACGCGGAGUUUCAUAUUCUACAUGUCCAUAUUGCUCUUGUCUCUUUCGGCGAACAUACUACUGGUAUUCGACAACGCGAAAUUGAGGAUUGCACGAGAUGCUGCGCAGACACGAUUCAGCGGCCUGAGUUUCGACACGCCGACUCCAUACCAUGCCAUGACGGACUAUUGGCACUUGAAUGCUACCGAAACUGAGAUGGAUGCAGCAUGGGAUGCGAUCGAUACUGGGUCCAUGGCAGUUGCACUUCAUGACGAUUUCGCGAAGAGAGUUGAUCUACCAGCAACGACACGCUUCCCCUGGGAUACUGAACGAGGCGUCUACUACCUGAAAGGUGUUCACGAUUUGCAUUGUUUGAAACUCAUUCGUAAAGCAAUUGUUUCCAAGCAUAACAACUCGACACAAACUUUCGACAUUCGCCAUAUGUAUCACUGCCUAGACGGCUUGCGACAAGACAUUAUGUGUAUGGCGGAUGAUACGCCCAUGCCUGCACCUGCUAAACAUCAUGUUGGCGACGGGCAAAUUCGAAAAUGCCGCAAUUGGAAGAAAAUGAUAGACUGGGCCAACGAGCCGGAACGACAUGCUUGCUACAAGUGGGAUGAUUACCGCGAGGCCACGAAUACUCUGGAGCUGUUUGCACACUGCCCACCCGACUCGCCAUACCGAGAAUUUCAGGAGGCCUAUUUCGAGUAUCAUGGUCACAAAGAUCCGUACGAGCCAAGUAGUGGCGGAGAACCUGUCGUGAUCUUCUGA